AUGUAUCAUUAUUCCAGUCCGCCCACCGGGUGGUCCACCUACGACUACACACAGUCGCCACCGACCUCGCCACACUACGCCUACUACGCCUCACAGUAUGCCAACGCAUAUUCCUCGCCCCGGGGCACGUCACGCCGGCAUAACCGCAAGGCCAGCUACACGGCCACCAAAGAGACGGGAUACUAUUCAGCCCACCCACACGGUUUCUAUGAAGCGACGCCAGAAUAUGGCCUCCCGUCGCGCAAGCACGAUCAUAAACGACCCAUCUUUGUCGAUGUGGUUGACGAUGCAUUCGAUGCUCCGCGCUUUGCCUCCUGCGAGCCCCGACCCGACCGCUCUGGCCGUCCCCCACCGGCUUCGACUCCCAAACGAGAUGGCCCUGGCCACCGUCGCACCGCGUCGACCUCUCAUCGCAAAUCAAAUCCAGCCGCUGAUUCUCACUUUUACUUCACUCAGGUUCCUAACUACGAGGACAUCGAAUCAGCCCGCCGCUCUCGGGCACGGCGCCAGUCCACCUCGACUCGCACGCCGUCCAAGCCUAAGCCGGCCGCCGCCUCGAAGCCAGCUCCCGUCGCCACCGAGGCCGACGCCGAGAAGGCUGGAAUCCCGGCCGGUUACUCGAUCAAAAACUGGGACCCCACAGAAGCGCCGAUCAUCCUUCUUGGGAGUGUGUUCGAUGCGAACUCGCUCGGCAAAUGGAUCUACGACUGGACCGUCUUUCACCAUGGCGCAUCGACGCCCAUGGCCGACGUGGGAGGCGACCUGUGGCUGCUGUUGAUCAAGCUUGCGGGAAAGGUCAAGAGAGCGGACGAAUGCCUUCCUCGUAUCCACCGCGUUGAAGCCCAGGAGGUGGUCGAGGACUUUCUCGAAAGCGGCGAGCGCCUGUGGGCGCGGUUCAAGAAACUCCUCAAGGCAUGUGAGCAUUACAUGUGGAAGGCCGCCAAGCGUGAAGGCGGCAAGGGCGCAACGGUAUCGAUGGGCCGCAACGCCGGAUGCGAAUUCGUCGAGUCGAUCUUCGGCCGGGAUCGCGAGCUGGAGAACACCGAGAAGCUGAUGAACAGCAUUCGGCUGUGGAACAUGCGAUUUGACGCCAACUGCGAGGACAUCCUGCGACGCCCGUCUGCGUUGUAG